AUGAUCCUGACCGGCCUUGAAAUAACAACCCGCAAUCUAGUUCGCAAUCUCCGCAGCCUAACCCACCAACAACAACCCUGUGGUAUCGAUCUAACCCUGCACCAAAUCUCCAAAUGGACUUCGGCAGCAAUCCUAGACUUCGACAACACCAAGCGCUCAGCAGCCAAAGUAUACAUUUUACCAUACGACAGCAACCAAGCCAUCACCCUGCAACCAGGCGCUUACCUGGUCGAUUUCAAAGAAACAGUGCAAAUCCCACUCAAUUGCAUGGCUAGUGUUUUCCCGCGGUCGUCGCUGUGGAGGUCUGGUGUGAGCAUUUCCGCUGGGGUGGUCGAUGCUGGGUAUAAGGGUGCAAUGGGGGCUUUGCUGGAAGUUAAGAAUCCGCAUGGCGUUGUUCUUUACAGAGGUAGUAAGCUUGCGCAGAUUGUUUUUGAGGAGCUAGGCGGUGUUGUUGAGGGAUAUAAGGGGGUUUAUCAGGCUUCCACUAGUAGUGUUGGACGGGACGGUGUAGGGAAGUUUUGA